AUGGAAAAAAAGAAAUAUAGUGGAUUUUCUUCAUCUUCUUCCUCUUCCAUAAAAGAGAAUUUAAAUUUUAAUAAAUCAUACUUAGACAUAAGUAGCUAUAAUAAAUCUCCUUAUACUAAACAGAAUUCAAUUAAUAACACGAAUGAAGUAUUUGAAUUCUUUACUAGUAUAACAAAUAAUCAAAAAGAUUUAAACAAAAAAUAUGAACAAUUAUUUUCAUUAAUCAAAAAAUUCGGUAAGGAAAUUAAAUAUUUACUAAGCAAAAAUGAGGAACAUAAUAAAAUAUUAGUUGAUACAAAUGAACAUAUAAAAAAGGUCAAGACAAAAUUAGGUGAUUCUUCCUAUAAACAAUAUGAAAAUAAUGAAAUAGACACUUUAGAAGACAAACAUAAUAUUGAUCUUAUAGCAAAAAUAAUAUUCCACCUAUUUGAACAACUCACAUAUUAUAAUAAAAAUACUAACGAAUGCAAUAAAAAAAUUGAUGAAUUGAGAAAAAAUUUAGGAAAUAAAGAUGAUUAUAACAAACUUGAAAGAAAGUUAACAAUUAAAAGUGAUGAACUCAAAAAAGAAAUGAUAAGCAAUAUGAGUUCAAUAAAAGAAAAUGAGGAUUUAAAAAUGAAAAUUAAAGAAGAUAGAAAUAUGUUUAGAAAAGAUAUAAAUAUGAUGCAUCAUGAAUUUCUUUAUUUUAUUUCAAAAUUUUUAUUAAAAAAUAAAAAGAAAAAAAUACAAAAGGAUUGUUUUCUCUUUUGGCUAAUUAGGAUAAAAAAUAAAAAAGAAGCAAGAAAUAAAAUUAUUAAUUCUCUUUGUAAAAAGCAAGAAGAAUUAUUAAUCUUUUCUAUUAAAAAAUUAAAAAGUAAUUCUUAUGAAAAAGAUGUAAUAUCUAAAGUUUUGUCCUUAAUAAAUAAAUCUAUAUAUGAUCCAAACAAAUUUAAUAAUAAUAGUUUUCAUCAAAAUAGUGUCAAUAUAAGAAAUGAUAAAAAUUUCGGUCUCCCUUCAGAAUAUGUUAGUGGUAACAUUAAUAAUAAUAAUAAUAAUAAUAAUAAUAUGGAAAAGAAAAAAUUGUCUCACUUAAAUUACAAUUAUCCUCUAGAUAAUGAUUAUAAUUACAAUAUGAGCAAAGACAAAAAUGAAAAUAUAAAUGAAAAUAUAAAUGAAAAUGUAAAUGUAAAUAACUAUGUGAAUAAUGAUAAUAAUAUAUACAAUGAUAAUAGCCUAAGUAAUUAUAAUGACAUUAGUACUAAUCAUAUUCUAAAUAAUAAAAAUGAUAUUAAUAAUGAUAAUAGUAUAAAUAAAAAUAAUUAUUAUAUGAGCAAUAAUAAUUAUACAGACUAUAAUAACAACAUUAGUAAUAAUAUUAAAAGUGGGAAUCAUAAAAAUAGUCAUAUUAAUGAUAGUAAUAUUAGUAAUUAUGAUAGGUUAAAUUAUCCUAGUAAUGAAUAUAGCCAUUAUUCAAGGUCCAAGAGAAGUGAAUCACACCAAAAUUAUGAAAAUAUGGGUAGCAAAAAAAAUAGUAAUAUUAAUAGUAAUAAUAAUAAUAAUACAUAUAAUAGUAAUAGUAAUAAUUUCAAUGAACCCAUGACAAAAAAUAACCUACUUAAUAUUUUCGACUCCUCAAUAGAUAACCUAUCCAAAAAAAGAGACACCAGAAAAUUUUCUGAUGAUACAAACAUUGACAAUAAAUAUAAUACGCAACAUUCUACUUAUAUUCCUGAUCAGGUUGAAAGAAAUUUAGAUAUUGAAAAUAUGUAUAAUAAAUUUCUAGAAGAAAUAAAAGAAAAAGCAGAUAAAAAAAAUGUUGAUUUAUUACAUCAAACAAUAAAAAAAUUAAAUAAUAAAAUUAAUGAUAUUAGAAAUACACUAGAAAUGCAAAAGAAAUUAAAUAAAGAAUUAGGAAAACGAAUUCCAUCUGAAAAGCCAUCAAUAAAUUAUAAUAAAAACUACACACCUAAUAAACAAGCUGAAACAGAAUAUAUCAAUUCGAUUGAAGAAAAUAAUGAAUCUAUUAAUGUUUUAUCAGAAAGAACAUUAAGCGAAUAUCUAUUAAAUAAAAACACCUCACAAAAAACAAGUUCAAAUAAUUAUUAUUCUAAUAAAAAACAAAAUGAUAGAAAAAAACAAGAAGAUUCAAAUAAAAAUAAUGAAUAUUAUAAUAAGAAGAAAAAAUCAGAUAUAGUGCUACAACCAAAAAAAACAUACGAUUAUGUAGAUAAUAAGUGGGAUACAAAUAAUAAUAAAUAUUAUAGAAAUAAUUCAAUGGAUACUUAUCAUACAGAUAAUAGUACUCUCUACAACAAAAGAGAUUAUAAAAAAUAUGAUGAAAGGAAAAAUGAACAAGACAACAAGAAAUAUAGUAACAAUGAUAAAAAAAUUAAUAAUGUAAAUGAUUAUAAUCAAAAAUAUGAAAAAAAAAAAUAUGACAAUGCUUAUGAAAAAAAAUAUGACAGUGCAUAUGAAAAAAAAUAUGACAGUGCAUAUGAAAAAAAAUAUGAUGGCCCAUAUGAAAAAAAAUAUGAUGGCCCAUAUGAAAAAAAAUAUGACAGUUCAUAUGAAAAAAAAUAUGAUAGUGCAUAUGAAAAAAAAUAUGAUAGUGCAUAUGAAAAAAAAUAUGAUAGUUUAUAUGAAAAAAAAUACGAUAGCACAUACGAAAAGAAGAAUGAUCAUAGAUAUGUCAAAAAAUAUGAAAAUAAUAAUAUGAAUACCUAUGAUAGUAAUAAAAAUUAUGAGAAAAACUAUAAUAAUUGUAAUAAUAAAAAAUAUAGAAAACAAUUCAACGAUAGCAAUCUUGAUGACUCUCCAUCUGAUAUUAAACUUAUAUUAAGAACAGGAGGAGGAUUCCGGAAAUUAAGUGAACAUGAUCAAAAGCAUUAUUUACAAAAAUUAAAUUAUUUAAAUGAUAAUAAUUUAUUAGGUUAUGAAACAAAUUUAAAUAUUAAAAUUAAAGGACAUCCAUUCAUACAAAAUAUCCCUAAUAAUAAUCAACAAGCAUCCAAAAAGGAGAAAAGACACAGAUCACUUUCGAAAUUUUACAAUAUGCAUUAA